AUGCAGGAGAUGGAGAAGGAGGUGCUGCUGCAGGACAAGGAGAAGGAGAAGGAGCUGCUGCUGAAGGAGAAGGAGAAGGAGAAGGAGCUGCUGCUGAAGGACAUGAAGAGGGAUCAAAGGGACAUUGCUAAUCACUACAAGCGUCAGCUGUCCCACCACACUCGAAGGGAAGUGGUUGAUAUUGCUCAAUGCUAUCAGAACGAGGCGGUCCAAUCUGUGUCGCAAAAGUUGCCGCAGAAGUAUUGGAGUCUCAUCAAGCGAAGACAGAUUUCUAUGAGUAACAUAUAUUGGCUCUUGGAGAGCCAGGAAAGCUUCCGAAGUGCAGUAUGGAAAGAGAUCGGGUUACCCGAGGACCUUGCGAUACCCACCUACCGUGGCAAUCUGGACAAUAUGUUGUACGGGCAGCUCUCUGACGGCAUUCACGGGCCAUCGGGGGCGUUUGUGUAUCUAUCUUCCAAGACGGCUGACGUGGAGGUCAGGUUUUUCAGUGAGGUUGCACAGAUUUUCAACAAGAAGGUACGCUUUUUCGACGACGUAUCAGCAGACGCGGGAGAGAACAACGAGGCUAAGUCUGAUAGUUCGGCCGGAGCCGCCCGAGCCUGCCAGUGA